CAUACCUGGAUUAAGCUUUGAAUCAAAUCUGAAGUCAAGUACCGAUCCAACAGCUUCCUGUCUUAUCCCGCCGCCAUCUAUUACAGCUAUUAGUAUGAGUUCAGCUUUUGGCUUAAUGGCUAUCGGAAGCGAAUUUGGCAUUGCUAUUGUCGAUUUUGUUCACAAGUUUUGCCUAAUGUCCGUCUCAUCUUCUGAACUGUUGAGUCGUGGUCCUAUCAAUCCAACUGGGUCAUCUGCUACAGGUGAAGUGAAAUUUAAUGAUCAGAAUAAUAGUUCAGGUGGCUCAACUUCGUUAGCUAGUACAAACAUUGUAAACAAUCAGUCAGCUAUGAAAAACGUUCAUUCGAACUCAGAUGCUGUUCAAUCCAGUGAGUCAUCCAGUGUCAGCUAUACAACACGCCAUGUAUUAACAAGAGCUACAGCCGUCAAGAGUGAAUUGAAGCGUGCCAAGUCUCAAGUGGUUCUGGCCUAUCGAACAAAUCAACCACCUCGUCAACAAGGACAAGCCUCUAAUGCACAAAACGCUUCUUCAGAAAAGUGUUGCGACGUUCCACAGUUUUCUCAUCCGGCAAGUUUAAGUGCAAGUUCUAGCUCAUUAGACAAUCCAAACUGUGAAGUGAUCAAAACAAUUAUAUUCACUGAAUGGAUAUCUCCUAAACAAGACUUGAAUUUUGUGCCAAACCUUUGGAUCGGAACAGCUCGUGGAUGUGUCUUUGCUUUGAAUCUCAAGUAUAGAGUAUCGAAUAAUGUUUCAGUCAAUUAUUCAUACUGUAUUGCAUCUUCGUAUCGUUUACGUGGAGAUAUUAUUCAUAUUAGCUUGUUAGAUAAUACCGGUGAUAUUCUACCGAGUCCUUCAGAGCGCUGGGAUGAUUUUUCAGUUGUCAAAGGUGGCACUUCCUCUGAACUUUCGAAACAAGCAUCUCUUUUAUCCUGUUCAUCUGUAUGUUCUGCAGGAACUUCUGUGCAUACCAAUGCUGAUGCAUAUAGUUCAGCUGAUACUGGUUUCAAGUCUUCUGGUGGUGGUGGCAGUAACAGUAUUCGAGCACUGAAGGAAUCAGUUUUCCGACAAAACACAGUUACCACACAUAACUCUUCAACAUCAACGUCGGGUCAUUCUAGUACUAUACAUUCUAAUACUGUGAGCGGUGGUGGUAGUACAUUACAGUCGAAUAGUACAACGGGACUCGAUUCUCCUACAACAUCCAAAGGUUCUGUCGAGUGUGACCGACAGUUGCUUAUCCUUUGUUCAGAAAAACAAGCCCGGGUAGUUGCACUACCUUCACAAACCUGUCUCUAUAAGGUCAAAAUAACUGAAACCAGUCAAGUGGUGCGUGCUUCUGUGCAACGUUUGCGACAGUCGCAUAAUAGCGGAACAUCAGCUGCUAGCUUUCUGGCGUGUUACCUUGCAAAUGGACAUUUUGUUGCUUUCUCAUUGCCAAGUUUACGUUUAUUAAUGGAUGUGGAUUAUUUACCGUAUACGGAAUGUGUAAGUCGUUCAUUUGCCUUUGGUCAGUAUGGUCAAGCUGUGUAUUUGGUAUCACCUUCAGAAUUAGCUAAAAUCACCUGGGCAUCAGAUGUUUGUGCUAACCUACGUGAUAUGCAAGGUGAGAUAUUUCUACCAAGUAACAUGCCAGAACCUCCCAAGAAAAAUUUUUUUAGAAAUUUAUUAAGUGGAACUUUGAUGUCUUCUUUGGAUCGAGAUGAAUUAUUUGGUGAGGCAAGUUCGGGAAAGGGGACACCUGGCGCUACUACUCUACUGUCAAAUGCUCGUAUGGAAAAAUUAUCUGGUCAGGCUGGUACUGCCUCUUCUGAAAUUGCACGAGCUAGGAAUGCUGCCAUCGAACGUGGUGAGCGAUUGCAGCAAUUAGAUCUACAAACUCAAGAGAUGGCUGAUCAAGCUAGAGGUUUUGGUCGAUCGGCUGCUAUUCUUGCUGCUAAAUAUGAGAAAAAGGACAAACGCUGGGGUUUGCCAUUCUAGAAAGAUCAUUACUGCAUAUUUUCCUACUUGAUUGCUCUCAGGUAACCUUGUUGACUUGGUAUCUUGUGGCCUGUUAUACCCAGAUUCCGUGUGUUCCAUCUCAUCUAACCUACAUUGUGUUAAAGAUAAAUAAUAACGAAUGUCUAUUUUCCCAUAUUAAGGGUGAAUGGGCAUUGUCUAUAUUUUCAUUCUUCGAUUUUCCUCGUAAAUAUAUAUCCAAUGUAUUAAUAUAUGCGCCCUAGGGACUUAUGUUUCUUCAUGAUUAUGACUAAUCGUCACCAUAACCGUUGUUUUUGUAUUAACUUUUAACUUCUUGUUACUGGCUGAUUUAUAACUCUUCAUUUUAUGUUUUUGUUUCUUUAUCAUCUGAGUUAUUAUUAUUUUCUAGCAUCAUACGGAGUUCUUGUCUAUGAUGUCUUACACAAUUCAUGUUGUUGUUCACCCAACCUCAUUAUACUCAUCAGAUAAUAUAUAUCAUAAAUAUCCACUUUUGUUCAAAGGAAUACAAUUCCUCCUCUUGACUAAUUUACUUUAGUAAUUGUGAUUGCUAUUUUUGUUGUUCUGUCGAACCAUGUAACAAUUUUGUCUCAUAUUCUACCUAGUCCUUCGUUAGCUGAAUCCUAAUUAUUUUAUAACCUUGUAAAAGCGUCGAAUGCAUUAUUCCGAAAUCGAUUGCUCUCUUCAAACGUUUCCUGUCACACUCAUUCCUGAAUUUAUUGGGUUAUUUCACACAUAAUUUUUCAUUUCGUAUAUCCCAUUUAUAUCAUUAAAACUUAGAAAUAAAAUAACAAACUUA